AUGUCGAACUUCUCUUCUUCAGAUCCUUGGUGGAUGCAAUGGAACCCUGACAAUGUCACUAUUUCGGAUCAUAGUGUGAGCGACGCUUGGAAGACAUGUGUUUUGCAAGGAGUUUACUAUGGCGGUAACGACUAUAACGGUUGGCUGGGCGCGCGUAUCUCUUCGAUCUUUGUGAUCCUAGUUGUGAGUACUUUCUGUACUCUUUAUCCUGUUAUCGCUAAGCAUAUCAAGUGGAUGAGAAUCAACAAAUGGUUUUAUAUGUUUGCCCGUAACUUUGGUACCGGUGUGAUCGUUGCGACUGCUUUCAUUCAUUUGAUGGAUCCUGCAUACGGGGAGAUCGGGGGUCUGAGCUGUGUUGGUUCUACUGGCCACUGGGCCGACUACUCGUGGUGUCCUGCCAUCAUGCUGGCAACCGUUUUCCUAACGUUCUUGGUGGAUCUAUUUAGUGCAGUGUUUGUUGAAAAGAAGUACGGCACUGUGCAUGAGCACAACUACGAUGAAAUCGCCCAGACAAUUGUUCGGUCGAACAAACCAGCUCAUGAUUACGAGAGACAGGUCGAGCAGACCUCAAGCCAAAGUGCUAUCGCCAACGACAAAGAUGCCAAAGUUCUCAACACGGACACUGAAUCUGUUGUGGAUUCGGUCCAAGCUGAUAUUUCCUUCAAGAGUGAGUUUGCUGCUUUCCUGGUCUUGGAAUUCGGUGUUCUAUUUCACUCGGUUAUGAUCGGUUUGAACUUGGGUUCCUCGGGUAAGGAAUUUGCUACCUUGUAUCCUGUUCUAGUUUUCCACCAAUCGUUUGAAGGUUUGGGUAUUGGUGCAAGGUUGUCAGCUAUAGAGUUCCCUGACAGCAAGAAGUGGUGGCCAUAUAUUUUAUGUGUUAUCUAUGGUUUGACCACUCCCAUAUGUGUUGCCAUUGGCCUCGGUGUUCGUACCACCUAUAACUCUUCAUCCUAUACUGUCAACGUCGUCUCUGGUGUUUUGGAUGCUAUUUCUGCUGGUGUGCUGCUGUAUACAGGUAUGGUAGAAUUGUUGGCAAGAGAUUGGAUUUUUAACGCUCACCGCACCAAGGAAAUCAAGGAGAUUCUCUUCUGUCUUACCUCCAUGCUAUGGGGUGCCGGUUUGAUGGCACUUCUUGGUAAGUGGGCUUAG